UAGAUAUAAACAGUAUGUUCGCCAAAUACGACAGCCGCUAGAGUAAUCAGUCUUAAGCCGACAUUGUGAGUGUGUGCUGCAUUACAGAAGAAAAUAGUGCCUCGUAAGUGCGUCAUUAUAAACGUGAAACUUAUUAUAUCUCUUUUUACAGUAACAAUCACGAAUAACGAUGGGUCGUAUUCGCUCUAGAGGCAUAAGAGGGCAAUGGAGUGAAGAAGACUUAACCCAAGCGCUUCAAGCUGUGAACGCGGGUAUGUCAGUAAAUAGGGCCAGUACAACUUAUAAUCUACCAAGGAGAACCCUUAGGCGCUAUGUCGAGCAAGGUAAGACAGGAAAAGCCGCCAUGGGUCGUAAACCCAUCUUAACUCAAGAACAAGAAGCUGAAUUAAGUCGAAGAAUCAUUCGGUUAUCCGAAGUAGGUUACCCGCUAACUGCAAGUGUACUUCGUCGAUGUGUUUACCGGUAUACCAAGUUGAAUAAUAUUCCAAAUCCUUUUAGAGAAGAAAAAGAAAAGGCUGGACGAUAUUGGCUAAAGGGAUUUAUGGAAAGAAACCCUCAAAUUCGAGUUAGAAAAGCACAAAAUCUAAAUCCGGCAAGAGCCCAAAAACUAAACAAAUUCAUUGUGAAAUAUUUUUCCACGCAUCCAGACGAACGUUCAAUUAGUAAGAUGCGUUUUGGAGGCAUGUCAAAUGACAAUGACAAUGUCAAAUAUUAA